AUGGCGAGGCGAGAGGUGGCCAGAUCUGGCACAGGUCACCAUGGUUGUCGAUGGAAUGACAACGAUGGCAGGAGGGGUGAACCUCCAUGCGACGGGCCGCCUCCAUGGAGAUGGAGCUCCUUCUCCAUCACGUCCAGCGAGACUCGCCUCGUCGCUCCAUGGCCUCGUCUCGCCGCCGCUUGGAGUGUCUGCCGCCGUCACCGCCUGUUGGCCCUCACUAGGAAGGAGAUGACAAAUUCGGCGAGGCACGACCGCGGCGGAGGAGUGCCACCGGCCAGCGCGUGCGAAUCUACAUUUGCGGCAUCAUCCUCGUAUACAAGAGAAAUGAAGUGUUUGUCUCGAGAAGUAAUUUCCUGCUCUGCGUACACUUUAGAUGACUCUCCUAGAAGCACGGCGGGGGUAGCCAGAACAAGAGCGCACAGGGACACGGACGUGCAGAAGAGUGGUGGUUGGUUUGGGUUCAUCUUCGAUGCCAUGGAGGUCAUGCUCAAGGUAAGAGUGCAUGCACUGGAGCCGCAGCUAGCGACUUUGUGUGGGUAG